AUGGGGGUAUCAUAUGUGGAGAAAGGCGCACACACACGCUUCACCCCCGCAUCCGCGAUAAGGCCCUGCAUCGGGGAUGGAAACGGGGUUACAAAAGUAACGAGAGAUGGUAAUCGGGGCUUUUCUUUUUUAUCUGCUGCGGCAUUAGCCUCGGUAUCCGAGGUCGCUGGAAAAGUCGCGUUUAAAAUGAUGCAGUUCUACCCCGGUAAUAAAACCGGUGGCAUUCCUGGAUUAUUCGGAGAUCCUUAUUACUGGUGGGAAUGGUUAACAAAAAAAAAAAGUCAUUAGUAGAUUACUGGGCCUACACCGGUGACGCUAGUUACAAUCCUACCACUAGCGUAGCCAUCCUCCACCAAGUUGGCCCGGACAAGAACUUCAUGCCACCGAACCAAUCCCAGUCACUCGGGAACGACGAUCAAUGCUUCUGGGCACUGACCACUAUGUCCGCGGCCGAGAAACGAUUCCCAAACCCGCCCGAUAAUUUACCGCAAUGGCUAUCGCUCACACAAGCAGUGUUCAACACGCAGGCUGCGCGGUGGGACAGGGGUAGCUGUGGGGGUGGGCUACGCUGGCAGAUCAUCCCGUUACAUAGCGGGUACGCUUACAAGAAUACCAUCUCCACCGGGUGCUUUUUCCAACUGGGCACGAGGUUGGCACGGUAUACCGGGAACGCGACGUACGCGGAGUGGGCCGAGAAGACAUUCGAUUGGACAUAUAAUGUUGGGUUAGCGACGUAGGAGCACAGGUUCUUGGACGGGGCGACGGUAACGAAGAAUUGCUCGGUAUAAAUUGUUUGCAAUGGUCCUAUAAUGCUGGGAUGUAUAUGGCUGGUGCGGCCUAUAUGUAUAACUUUGUUUGUCCCCUCUCCCCCCCCCAAUCCGUUAGAGUAUCGGAUUGACAAGGCUGUGAAAAACUAAAAAAAGACCAACGGAGCCGGGAAAUGGAAACCCCGAAUCCAGGGAAUCCUCAACGGCACAUUGCAAGACUUCUUCACCGAACCCCCGGUCGGUCCCGAACACAUCAUGUACGAGGUAACCUGCGAGCCGUGCCUGACCUGCAACGUGGACCAGCGCUCCUUCAAAGCCUACCCAUCCCGUUUCAUGGGCUUGACCGUCAAAAUGGCUCCCUUCACCAAGGACGCCAUCAUGCCGGUGCUGUACACCUCCGCCGCCUCCGCUGCUAAGCAGUGCUCCUACGGCGAGGACCAGAACACCUGCGGACAAAAGUGGUACACGAACGAAUGGGACAAACUCUGGGGCGUUGGAGAGCAGAUAUCUGCGCUGGAGGUUAUAUUGAGCACUCUUGUCGACACUCUUGACCCACCGGUUACCCAAGCCAAGGGCGGCACGAGCAAAGGUGAUCCGGCCGCUGGAGGGGGAGGUAGUGGGAUAAGGUACAAUGGGAAAGACGGCCGUGGCGGGGGUGUAUAUGGGUGGGUCAAUUCAAAGGGGGAGUUCGUCCCCCAUACGCCGGAUAAGAAGGACAGGGUCGGGUCUAUUGUCCUUACGGUGGUGACGGUAUUGGGUCUACUUUGGAUGUCAUGGUGGAUGGUGGUAUGAAAGCUACAUAUAAUGAUACGGUACAAGUUGCAUGAGGGGCACAUCUGGACUAGUUCAAGGACUUCGUCGAGGCACAGCUCGAACUUUCCCGCAGCUCCGAUCUCCUCAACCCCCCCGCUAUCCUUUCUCUUCCGCUGCUGCUGCUCCUGGGCAUGCUCUUCAAAGUGCCAGAGCAGCGGGCCAAAGUUCACCCAGAUCCCGUCGUCGGCGAGUAG